CAUUUGUGAUCGGGUUUGCGACGACUCGCGGAGAAGGAGCGGGAGAAAUGUGUAGCAAAUUCAUUGCAGUAUAUAUUGAUGUAUAUAUUUGUGAAUUACCAGGAGCUGUCGAAUCAGCUACAGAUGACGACUGCCUCAUCUCCGUUGAAAAAGCGAUCGGCGAGUGAGACGUAUCGGCGGACGCUGCUCCAGCGAGGCUCUCUCUUCCAUGAAUUGUCUGCCCAUGUCGAGCAAGAAGUCGAAAGUGCCAGGGCCACCACCGCGGGGGAUUUGGCUGAUGAGCUGGACCGAGUCAACGCCUUGUACGAGUUGGAAGUAAAAAAAGUUGACAAGCUCCAACAAGCCCUGCGGACACGCGAUGCCGCGGAGUUGUUUUGCAUCCGAGCCAAGUACCAACGAGCAGUCGACCGCGUCAAGGACUUGGAGGUUCUCGUGGCUUUCUACACCCCUAAAUCCCCCCCGCACACGAUCUUCAGCUAUCCCACGACCACGGUCCAGCCAAAAACGCCGGUCAGUUGCCAGCGCUUUCGUGACUUCCCAUGGGACAUUCAACUGAAACCGAUUCCCGUGCUCAACAUGUCUGACAUGCACACGAUUGCUGCCAACGGCGUCAAGUAGCACCAAUUAUCAAGCAAAAUCAAGAGCAAUAGCCUGCAAAAUGAACCCAGUUAUAGCCAAAUAUCACUGGUUUCUUGAUGAAGUG